UUCUACCCCACCGCUGAAAGUAGCUCAAAGACAAUUCUGCACUGGAUGUGAAAAUUAAACCAAGGAGAAGUUAGAAUAAAACAAAGGAAGACGAUCUGCCUCAAAGUUGUCAUCCAUCAUCUGUUUGGAUUUUUUUAUCUCUGUUCCAAGUGGCCUCGUAUUUUAUUAUAUUUUUUACGCGUGUGCGCCAAGGAACUGGGACGCUGAGUCUGUAUCGAGUGAAUGUUUCUGUGUGUGAGCUGAGUAAGUUAAAGCCAGGUGAAUGUAUAGCAUGAUGAUGGAAACGGACUUGCACUCUCCAGGACCCCAGACUAACACAAACACGGGUCACAAUGGAUCCAACAGCGGCAGCAAAGUUAACCAAGACCGCGUAAAGAGACCCAUGAAUGCGUUUAUGGUGUGGUCUCGGGGUCAGCGCAGAAAGAUGGCACAGGAGAAUCCGAAAAUGCACAACUCGGAAAUCAGCAAGCGCCUGGGAGCCGAGUGGAAAGUCAUGUCCGAGGCGGAAAAGCGACCGUUCAUUGACGAGGCGAAAAGAUUACGUGCCAUGCAUAUGAAGGAGCAUCCGGAUUACAAGUACAGACCUCGGAGGAAGACCAAGACGCUGCUAAAGAAGGACAAAUACUCUUUGGCCGGUGGCCUGCUCGCUGGAUCUGGGGGUGGAGGCGGCAUGGGUCUGGGAAUGGGUGCUGGAGGGGUCGGGCAGAGGUUAGAGAGUCCGAUGGGUCACGGUGGGAGCACCGCUGCGAGCUACGCACACAUGAACGGCUGGACAAACGGUACAUACUCGGGCCAGGUGGCUGCCGCCGCGGCUGCGGCUGCAAUGAUGCAGGAGGCUCAGCUCGCCUACAGUCAGCACCCGGGCAGCGGAGCGCAUCACCACCACGGGCAUCACCACCAUCCACACAAUCCCCAGCCUAUGCACCGCUACGAAAUGACCGCUCUCCAGUACAGCCCCAUGUCAAACUCUCAGAGCUACAUGAGUGCUUCACCGUCAGGCUAUGGGGGAAUAUCCUACACGCAACACCAAAACUCCAGCAUGGCUUCGUCGGGGGCCAUGCUGGGAUCUCUGGUGAAAUCAGAACCGAGCAUAAGCCCUCCCGUUACCACUCACUCCCGAGCCCCUUGUCCCGGCGACUUGCGGGAGAUGAUAAGCAUGUACUUACCGGCGGCGGAGACGGGGGAUCCGUCAAUCCAGAGCAGACUUCACGCUGUACCGCAACACUAUCAAAGUUCCACGACGAGCGUAAACGGAACCGUUCCACUGACACACAUAUGAAAAGAUAUGAAACUACGCAUUCAGACUCAAAAUACCAAAUAUUUACCUCUUUCAGAGCAAAACUUUUGUACAGAAUGUUUGUUCUUGUAAAUUUGAAGGUGAUAUUUAAAUAUAAAACUUAAAAACAGAGGGGUGUCGUUGGGAUGUCGUCUAAAUAAUGUGUCCAUAUUUUAACGAAAUUACACAACGUGAGCUUUACACAUUUGCUUAUUGCGAGGGAUUCAUUCUGAUUUGUUUUUCUGUGUGUGAGAGAGAUGGUACAAUAUGUUUAAAACAGGAAAAAGUGAAUAUGCUAAGUAACAAAUAGUCAAAAUACAAUGUUUUUGAGGUUUUCUAAGAGUUUUCGCAAUCCCACUUUGAUUUGUCAAUUCGUGAGUUACUGUAUUUGAUCUAUUCCAUAUUUGUUUGUUGUAUUUUUCUUGUACAUUGUGAAUAUAUUCCAGAUAAGAUUGAUAAACAUCUGUAUAUAUAAUUCGGGUUUG